GUCAAAUUGGGCAGAAUAGAAAAAUCUGAAGCUACUUGGGCGAAUGCAUGUGUGUGAGUGCAGGCAAAGAGAACAGAGCAGGAAUUUUUCUAAAGACACGGCGAUAGACAAUCUCUCUCUCCCACAAACUGCAUGGCAUUUGGACUUAGACUAGCUGUUAUAGUUAGAGGAACAUUGAGGACAGAGGAGACCGAAGCUGAAGCCAAGAUCAGUUCCAGCCUGACAGACAGACUGAGCAGCAGCCGGCGUGUGAUUGGUGAAGAUGUCUGACAAUGGGGACGUCGAGGACAAGCCCCCAGCCCCGCCCAUGAGGAACACCAGCACUCUGAUUGGCUCCUGCAGCAAAGAUCCUGCCCCCCAUGGCUCCAAGCCCCUUCCCCCCAACCCAGAGGACAGGAAGAAGAAAGAUCGCUCCAUCAUGUCCAUCCUGACAGGAGGAGGAGACAAGACCAACAAGAAGAAGGAGCGUCCGGAGAUCUCUCUGCCUUCUGAUUUUGAACACACCAUCCACGUGGGCUUCGAUGCAGUCACUGGAGAGUUCACAGGCAUGCCGGAGCAAUGGGCUCGGUUGCUCCAAACCUCUAACAUCACUAAGCUGGAACAGAAGAAGAAUCCUCAGGCUGUCCUUGACGUUCUCAAAUUCUACGACUCCAAGGAGACCAACAACAGCCAGAAAUACAUGAGCUUUACAGACAAGAGUUCAGACAACUAUAGCUGUUCCAACACUUCUAGCUCCAAGGCUGUGUCAGAGACGCCCGCCAUAGCAACCGUAUCUGAAGACGAGGAUGAAGAUGAGGCCACACCCCCUCCUGUUGUCGCUCCCCGACCAGAACACACUAAAUCAAUAUACACUCGUUCUGUAAUAGAUCCCCUCCCAGCCCCUCCCACCAGAGACGUUGCCACGUCGCCUAUCUCCCCCCCACCUCCGGAGGGUGCCACCUCUGCAAUCACGCCCCCCACUAGCCCCUCCCCUGGUCCAUCACUGCCACGGCCCGCAGACAAAACACGCAAGAAGAUGUCUGAUGAAGAGAUACUGGAGAAACUACGGAGUAUAGUCAGUGUGGGAGACCCCAAGAAGAAAUACACGCGCUUCGAGAAGAUUGGACAAGGUGCGUCAGGUACGGUAUAUACAGCCAUAGACAUCGCUACAGGCCAGGAGGUGGCCAUUAAACAGAUGAACCUGCAGCAGCAGCCCAAGAAGGAGCUCAUCAUCAAUGAGAUCCUGGUCAUGAGGGAAAACAAGAACCCCAACAUAGUCAACUACCUGGACAGUUACCUGGUGGGGGAGGAGCUGUGGGUGGUGAUGGAGUAUCUGGCUGGAGGUUCUCUGACUGACGUUGUCACGGAAACCUGUAUGGACGAGGCUCAGAUCGCUGCUGUGUGUCGGGAGUGUCUGCAGGCCUUGGAAUUCCUCCAUUCCAACCAGGUGAUUCAUCGUGACAUCAAGAGUGACAACAUCCUUCUGGGAAUGGACGGAUCAGUGAAACUCACUGACUUUGGGUUCUGUGCCCAGAUCACUCCAGAGCAGAGUAAGAGGAGCACCAUGGUGGGGACUCCCUAUUGGAUGGCUCCAGAGGUGGUGACCAGAAAAGCCUACGGUCCUAAAGUUGACAUCUGGUCUCUAGGCAUCAUGGCUAUAGAGAUGGUGGAGGGAGAACCCCCUUACCUCAACGAGAACCCACUCAGGGCGUUGUAUCUGAUUGCGACCAACGGGACUCCAGAACUUCAGAACCCAGAGAAACUGUCCUCAGUCUUCAGAGACUUCCUCAACUGCUGCCUGGAGAUGGAUGUGGAGAAGAGAGGGAGCGCUAAUGACCUACUACAGCACCAGUUCCUGAAGGUGGCCAAGCCUUUAUCCAGUCUGACUCCUCUCAUCCAGGCAGCCAAAGAAGCAGCUAAGGCUAACCGCUAACCUGCUAGCUGCUAACCCCACAGAUCACCCCUUCAUUCUCUCUCUCUGUCGCUCUCCCCCACUGGGGCAAACAAGACCCAGACAGGGGGUGUUUCAGGGGGUCCCAUCCCCCUCAACCCCUUGACCGAUCACGGUGACUGUGGGAAGGACGCUCUUACUGAUGUCAUCGCUGGUACAAAUAUACUGAUCGGAUUGGAGGAGAGAUUCAGGCCCAAAGACUCAUGGGAGUUGUAGUUUCAGCAGGACAGUGGCUGUGGACUGGAUCUUAUCUGACCUUUGAACUGUUUGUUUGUUGAUGUCUGCCUGUUAUUUUCAUGUGUUGAAAAAGUGCAUUUUAGUUUGAUCUUUUCUUAUGUGCUUUGUUUUGUGGAGAAGGGUUUGGUUGAAAGUGUAAUGAAGAGACACAAAGUGGUACUGUUGAUAUCAUCUCAGUCCCAAACUGCACCCUAUUCCCUACAUAGUGCACUACGUUUGUCAAAAAUAGGGUGCCAUUUGGGACAGUCUUUCAAGUCUGAUCAAACGUUGGAAUUCUAUCUCUUUAUCUCUCCCUCUCUUUCUCUGUCUGGCUGAGUGAGAUGACACGCAUGACAAACCUUUUUUAUGGAAUGUCUAACAUCAUAAUACAAUAGUGAUGAUAAUGAUGGUACAUGAAGGAUGCCCGUGUACGAUACAGUAUAGAAGAACAUAUCUAAAUCCUAUUUUCCAGUACAAUCGUUGCGGUACAAUGUUGAACUGAUCCUAGUCCCAACCCUCUGAAGAUAGUGUACAUUACAUGUGAAAAAACUGCUCUAAAAGAACCAGAAGAAUAUUGUGUGCAUUCUUUAUUCAGCAACGUGCUUUCUUUAUGCAGAUGGCGCUGAAGAAUACCACGGUACCAUUAAGAAGUAUACUUUCUACCAGGUUUGGCUUUGUUCUGUUUUUAAAAUCUUGUGUUGAAACUGCCUUUGGCCUUAAACUGUCUCACAGGUGGAAGAGUUCCAGCAGACAGUUGGACAAACUCUAGUCUCUCUCACCAGACUCAGUGCUCUGCACGCUCCUGCGGCUGUGAGAAGAGACCACACAACCUUCAAAUCUUGUCAGUUCCCCAGACUACUGUAGCCCACCUGAGGUUAGACAGGUUUAGAACUGGGAUAGACUGGAUUGAACUUGCCCAAACUGGUUUAGACUGGUUUGGGACUGGUUCAGAGAAGGGUGGUGAUAGUUAUUGAAGUCUUCUCUUCCUGUGUAUUGGAGCCAUAAUUAUGUUUAUCAAAUGAUUGGAUUAUUUUGACUGAGACAAAUAAAGUAAAGAAAACGCUGUAUGGUG